GUUCAUGGAGCCCCUUAUCUCUAAAGUUCCUAUGAUGGUUAUAGAAGCCAACCAUAAGAUUGAGCCUCAAGCUGACGGAAUCACUUUCAAAUCAUAUCUUACAAGAUUUGCUAUUCCUUCAAAUGAGUCUCGCUCCAACAAUAACUUUUAUUACUCCUUUGAUGCUAGAGGAGUACAUUUCGUCAUGUUGGGAGCAUAUGUUGACUACAACAGUUCUGGUGAUUGA